AUGAGGCGCUCAUCUCCUGUCUUGGUGUCUCUUGCAGCACUAACAGCAAGCCAUAUCAUUCCUCGUCAAGAAUCCAUUGAUUACAAUGCUGCUCCACCGAAUCUCUCCACUCUAGCUAAUGCGUCGCUUUUCGACACAUGGCGACCAAAGGCCCACGUUCUCCCAGCGUUUGGACAGAUCGGAGACCCGUGUAUGCACUACACCGACCCUGAAACCGGCCUCUUCCACGUGGGAUACCUGCAUCUGGGUGCAUCAGGCGCGACUACAGACGACUUGGUUACAUACAACGACCUGAACCCCAACUCCGAGCCGUUCAUCCGCGCUGGCGGCAUCAACGACCCCGUUGCUGUCUUCGACGGCAGCGUGAUUGAGAGGGGAGUCAACGGCACACCAACAUUGCUGUACACCAGCGUCAGCUUCCUGCCAAUCCAAUGGACGAUCCGGUAUACCAAAGGAAGCGAGACACAGUCACUUGCUUUUGCUACGGAUGGUGGACGUAACUUCACAAAAUCAGAGUUCGGUCCUGUCAUCCCUGACCCACCGUUUGCUGUCAACGUCACCGGUUUCCGCGAUCCAUUUGUGUUCCAGAACUCGCAGGUUGAUGGCUUAUUGGGCAAGCGCGAUGGAACGUGGUAUACCGUUAUCUCGGGUGGCGUGCACGGAAAAGGACCGAGCCUCUUUUUGUACGCUCAAUACGACGACGAAGACAGAGAUUUGUUUCAAACCUGGGAGUACUUGGGCGAGUGGUGGCAUGAAGCGGCGAAUUCGACCUGGACGGAUGAGGGCUGGGCGGGACGCUGGGGCUACAACUUUGAAGUCGCCAACUACUUUGCUUUGGACGAGCAAGGUGCUAACCCAGAGGGCGAGAUCUUUGUUACAAUCGGUGCGGAAUGGAGCUACGAGCCUAUUGUGCCUCAAGUCUCAGACAACAGGGAGAUGCUCUGGGUGGCCGGAAAGCAAGAGCUUGUUGACGGUAAACUGACUUUCGAACCUACGAUGGCUGGGCGACUCGAUGCUGGGCGCUCCGCGUACGCUGCUGCUGGUAAAGUCCUUCCUGCAGACUCACAAGCUAGCAAAGCUAGCGGCUCUCCGGAUCGCUUCAUCACAUACCUGUGGCUGACAGGCGACUUCUACGGCACCUUAACCGAUGAGUUCCCAACUCCCCAGCAAAACUGGACAGGAUCCCUACUCCUUCCACGUGAACUCAGCGUUGGCCACCUAAACGUCAUCGACAACGAGCUCUCCCGCGAGCAAGGUGCAUGGAGAGUAGAUUGCGAAAACGACAACGGCACCGUCACGCUCGCGACCCUCCACCAGAAGAUCGCCCGGGAGCCUUACGCCGCAUUCCAACAGAAUGCUACGAACGUCAUAACCCAAUCCGGCGGAUCCAUGGCGGAAGUAACAAAGUUCACCGAAAGCCCAAAGUCAAAGCACUGGAUGAUGACCGCCUCCGUCACCUUCCCCUCUCGCUCUGACGACGUACGUGCGGGCUUCACCAUCCUUUCCGGACCCCAAGAAUCCACAACCAUCUACUACCAAUUCAGCAACGAAAGCAUGAUCAUCGACCGUUCGAACUCUUCUGCCGCGGCACAGACUACAAACGGUAUCCCCACGGACAAUGAGUCUGGCAAGUUCCGCCUGUUUGAUGUUGCGGGUGGACACGGAAAUGAGACCAUGGUCGAGACGCUGGAUUUGACGAUUGUGGUUGACGGUGGCGUUGUUGAGGUGCAUGCGAAUGAUAGGUUUGCGGUUAGUACUUGGGUGAGGAGUUGGUAUGGGGAUAGCACGGAUGUUAGUUUCUUUGUGGAGGGUGGGGAGGUGAGGUUUGGUGAUGUGACGGUUUAUGAGGGUUUGGUUGAUGCGUGGCCGCAGAGGAACUAG